CCAUGGGCAGGUGAGGAAGGGUGACAGAAGGGGAAGUGCCUGUGUUGGCGGCAAAGGUCUGCAGUCUGCGGCGAGAGGAGGGAGGGACCGGAAGAAUUAAGGAUGUCAGCGUCAUCAGCGCGGGUGCUGUUCCCCUCGUUCUUCACGUUCGCAUGCUUUGCGGUUUUUCUGUGGCCCCUGGUGCAGACCAUGUGAGAUAUGGACACACGCUCGAUGGAAACAGACAGCACGAUCCACCUCGUCUGUACGUUCGUCUGUUCGUCUGUCCGUCUGUGUGAGUUCAGCUACCUCACCACUGACGUCAACUUCAGAUACUGGGUGGGCUACUGGAUGCUUAUCUGCCUGGCCCUGCCCGUCCUGUACCUCGCCACCUACGUCAUGCACCUCGUCCGCACCCGGCCGUCGCGGUCGCUCAUCCUGGCGAGUUUCAUUGCAAGUUCCUGCCUCUUCAGUAAGCGAAUGCACUUCUGAUGGAUGGAUGGAUGGAUGUGUGUGUGGUGUAGUUGUGUUGGGUGUGGCGCUUCUCCUGUACUCUAGUGGACUGGGCGACCAGCUGCUGUCCACCGACUGCGCCACGUGGAAGCGCACUCGGCCCCUCGAGCAGACCUACCAGGAUGCCAGGGAGCUGUACGCCUGCUGCCUCUCCGAGCAUGGCGACAACUCACUCAGCCAAUACUGCCCCGCACCCGCAACCGCAACCGCAACCUCACCCACAGCCAAUGGCACAUCCAGCAGUAAUGGGCGGCAGGACAUCCUGGUGACAGAGUGCGAUAGAUAUGAGGACCUCUACAACGACCACAAAGGUGAUCUGGCCUACCUGGCGUACCUGGAGACCUCCUACUACUGCAGCGGCUUCUGCACUGUGGCCGAGCGGCCGCUCUUCACCCGCACCCUCCAAGGCAACGACGCGUGUGCCGAGGCGGUGGCGAGCGUGAUACGGUCCAAGGUGGAUUUCCACGCGGUGCAGAUGAUCAGCUAUGGGGGCAUUACGCUGGUGCUGUUUCUGGCGUGGCUGGGCUUUACCAACAAGACGCUGAGGUUCCUCUCGAGGGACCAGUCGCCGCUCUACUGACCG